AGUCAGUUGUCCAAUCAUCAUGCCGAGUGACCCUAUAACCAGGUCACAGGGGCGGUGCAGAAGCAUAGAAUGAAUAGAGGUGACCAGGAAGUCUGAACUCAGACUGGAAAGGCAGCAAGUCCGGCAGUCUUCGGUCUUCGGCUGGAGCUAACAUCUGGACAUGUGGAACCCUAAUGCUGGGCCUCAUUCAUAUCCACCCCAAGUGGUGUGCCCAGGAGGUCCCAAUCCUGCCUGUCCGCCACAUGUCACCCCUGCCUUUCCUCCUGGCCCCUGUCCUCCUGGAAUUCCCCAGGGAAACCCAGCUUUCCCUCCGUGCCAACCUUCUUGCCCUACUGUGCCACAACCAGGAUAUCCAGGACACCCACCCCCGGGCCCCUGCACUCCCUCGUACCCCCCACCUGGUCCUGGCAUGUGCCCUGUGAACCCUCUGGCUCCUGGCAUGGUCGGCCCAGGAACAUUGAUAGAUAAGAAGAUGCGGAAGAAAAUGAAGAAAGCUCAUAAAAAGAAGCAGAAAAAAUACAAGCAGGGAAAGCACUCCUCCUCUUCCUCCUCCUCCUCUUCCAGCAGCGACUCUGACUGAAUGCAGGGCUGGACCCUCAGCGGCUCCAUUCUCCCAUCGAGCUUCAGCUGUCAUCUUGUGCUCCCUGCCCCACGCCUGCCUGUGCCUUCCCCUGCUGUCGAUCCUGGCUGUCUAGGGAGAAGGGGAAGAGGACAGCUGUAGGCUGGCGAAGCUGCCUUCGCCCUCUUGCCAUCAUUCUACUUGGCGAGGUCAGCGGGGGAACUGUCUUUCCAAGAUGGUGAAGACAGUUUUAAAUCUGCACCACGUGAUCCUUUUUAUUUUCUUUUGUAAUGAUUGUGAUUGGGGUCUGUGAAAAUUUAUGAUGGAAACCUGUAUUUUUGUGAUGUUGGCACAUGAGGGGAUGGAGCGGCAGGCCUGCUGACUGCAGCGGGCACUGCAGAGCUGCUGGGGACCAGAGUCCCCUUCCCUGAAGAGCUCUUUUAGAACCUAGUCUGUUCCUUAGUUAAAUGUUAUCUCAGAUGGCUCUCAGUCCAAAUAAAAGCUACUCUCCUGGCUCUGCUCACCUGUGCCAUCACCUUGGUUACUCUUGGUCAUACCCUUUAAAGUGUGUCACUUCUUUUUUCUUCCUCUGAGGGUCUCACACUGCCCAGGCUCCACUAUGUAGUCAUAGGUUACCUUUUUGUACUGAUCCUCCUGUUUCACCUCCCGAGUGCUAGGGUCACUAGCUGAGCCACAUGCCCUGUUUAUGGGCUUGCACUCAGUCUGUGCCUGCUGGGCAGGCGCUUCCACCAACCGAGUGACAACUGGUGA